CUCGCUUAAAAGCUGCAGUAGCAGUUUGAAAGCAAAAAAGUGUUCUCUGUAUGUUUCCUUGUACUUGUGGGAAAAGCAGCGAGUCAGAACUCAUAUCUUGAGCAGGAGCUACUGAUCUCAGCAGGGAUGCUGCUGCUGCUGCUGCUGCAUAAGGAUGGCAUGCUGUCCACCUGCCAGGGGAUUUAUGACAGCACAGCAGCAGCAGUGGAUAAGUGCAUGGAACAGGACGGAUUAGCUUGUGGGGAAAAGCCUUUAAGCAGCAGAGCAGCAGGAGCACAGCAGGCACUUUCAGAAGCACAGGAUCAUUUGGACGUCGGCUGUUCUUUCAAGAUGUGAUGCUUACUGCAAACUUACCAUGAGAAUCCUGCCUCUCAAAUGGCUAAGGAUCAGGAUCUUGAGGAGGAACACGCUGCUCUUCCUUCUCUUCUGGCUCUCCUUAUGGAUUCUCAUCAACACUUUCCUGUUUGUACACAAGAGCUUCUUCUCCGAUCGAUGCACUGACGAGGAAAGUCAAAAGAUUCUAGCCAGACUGUGUUAUGACUACACAGAUGGAGCUGUUGCGGGGAACCUUUGCGAAGACAUUUGUGUAACCCGCAAACUGGUGUAUAAGCAUUGCCUUUAUUACCAUAAAGGAAAGAAGGUCAUGCAAGCUGAAUGGCAAGGCAGCUCGAUAAUCCUAAAAUCAAAAAAUUACGCCCUAUCAAAAUCAGAAAGUCAUGCCUUUCUGGAUGAAUCAGAAAUUCAGACACUCUCUGAUACAGAACUUCUUGUUAUGGUGGCUGUGGAAGUUAAAAAUGUCCUGGGUUUGGAUUUACCAAAUAAUACCAUGAUGCCAGUCUGGAAUGAAAAGAGAAAAAGCCUCCACUGGAAAGCUGAGCUGACCAGCAUGUGGUCCUUGUUUGAGCAAGAAGAAUAUCUACUGUUCAACUUGCUACAAGACUUUAGCAAACACGUCUUGCAGGUCAUUGGCACCUGCGGCCAAUUCUACGCUGUGGAAUUUCUUACUGCUGGACAUUCGUGGAAGCAAAACCUGUUUUCUUUAGAGGAAGUUGUUGGUCAGUGUAACAGCGGGCAAAAACGAAUGAGGGCACUCCUAGAAAUUGCAGUCAGUUUCCUAGAUAUGGUCCAUCAAUUUGAAAAUGAAUUCUCUCACCGGCUGCACCUCUGUGAUAUCAAACCGGAAAACUUUGCAAUCAGAAGUGAUCUAACUGUGGUCGCUAUUGAUAUGGACAUGGCAUUCUUUGAACCUAAAAUGCGUAAUAUCCUGGAGCAAAACUGCACAUCUAAUCAAGACUGUAACUUUUUUGACUGCUUUUCAACAUGCGACUUAAAGACUUACAAAUGCGGGGCAGAAAGAGAGAACAACAAUCUACAAGUUAUCUGUGACAAGAUAUUUCGCCAUUGGUUCACAAGAAGCAUUAUGGGAUCUACCAAUUCUUUUCCACUCCAAGCAGAGCUCCAUAAGGCUGUUCAGCAAUGUGCGCGAUCCACAAACAAAGAAACUCCUUACUCUGAGUUAUAUAGUUUGCUUAGAGCUAGCCAACAACAGCUUCAAACGAGGAGUACAUAACCUCCGCAGGACUAUCACUGCUCUUUUUAUUUCUCCUUUUUUCAUUCUUCACUCUUGGCAAAAUGCUCUAAAAUAUUGUAUGGUAAACAGUCUUUAUUGGUCUUUAUAAUGGGCCAAUCCUGUUCUAUUUGUAAACAAAUAAAAGGUCGGGUUUUAUGUAUUUUCAGCAGAUGGGGAGACUUGUCAGAAAACCAAUAAUAAUGAGAUUCAAGCUGACAAAAUAUGUUUUCAUAAUAUCUGUAACCAGUUAAUAUAAGUGGAGAGCAUUGUUUGACCAAAAAUUGAGCCUAAAAGGGAAAUGUGGACUUCAAAUAUCUGGAAAGCUUAGCAAUACUGUCUAUUUCAGUUGCUGUGAAAAAUCAAUCGUUUGCUGGAAAUAGAAGUCUUGUAAUAUAAUGUUGGCGGCAAACAACACGCUAUUUAAUUUUUUAUAACUCCUGUUUUGUGUUAGCCUGGAAAAUCAGGAAAUCAAAGCAAAUAUAAAGAACAAUGUUUUUUUUUCCUUGUGCUUGGACACAUUUUAGCCAUUUGGAUCUAAUGCUGCUUACACCCUUUAACCACAUUUAGCAAUCCAAACAGUGUUUAGUGGCACAGUACUGUUAAUGCAAAUGUUAUAUUGCUUGGUUACAACCAAGAAUGUGUAUAUUUAAAAAAUCGUGUUUAUACAGAAUUACAUUAAAAUAAGCAGGAUUUAAAAAUAGCACACAUUACCCUACAUUAUAUCACCUAUUAUAUUUUUGUAUGUGCCCUUGCUAUAUCCAUCAUCUCCUUAGGUCCUGUAUAUUGAAGUGAUGUAAUGUGCCUUAUAAUAAAGUAUAAUGUGCCUUGGAAUUGUAAACUGAAAUGGUCCGCAGAGAAACAUAUUCUUUCUGGGCACUAUGUGUGAGAAUAUGUACUUUGCGGUGCUGACACUUGUUGCACUAUCCUGCAAUAUCUCAUUGAACUUCAAUUAAUAUAGGAUAGCGGUAUGCAAAGUGCUAAAACAACAAAAAGCAGGCUUAAACAAAUAGCAAUUAUAUUAACAAAAUGAUUCCCUGGCUUCAUUUUAAAGUGUCCUGGGGAUUACUGAUUACAUAAAACAGAAACUUGAGAUAUUACCUUUUAAAAACACACCUGGUAAUAAGUUCAUUGUUCUGAUCAGUGCACUAAGCAAUAAACUGGGGUCACUUAAAGGAACAGUAACACCAAAAAAAAUUACAUAAUAUAUAGAAAAAAAUAUACUUGCGAGGGGACA